AUGACUCUUCCACGCUUCCAAACCUUCAUCUCCUUGCCGUCGCUCCUUACGGGGGUUCUGAGCCGUCGCUCUGGCAUGGCUGUCGUCGACAGUCGCACGAUGCGUCAGUUCUCUUUACACGACUCUUACACGCUUCCGAACCUUCAUCUCCUUGCCGUCGCUCCUUACGGGGGUUCUGAGCCGUCGCUCUGGCUGGCUGUCGUCGACAGUCGCACGAUGCGUCAGUUCUCUUUACAUGACUCUUCCACGCUUCCAAACCUUCAUCUCCUUGCCGUCGCUCCUUACGGGGGUUCUGAGCCGUCGCUCUGGCAUGGUUGUGAUAUGUGA